GCCACUUUUGCCUGUGCUGUGCCUGUGCUGCUCUGCGUGCUCCGAGCUCUGUACUUUUGGCAUGCGUCUGCCUCCCUGGCUGACCUGACUCCGACUCUGGCUCUGGGCUACCCCUCCACUCAACAUCUCAGGUUUGGGGCGUCAUGAUUUCUUGGGUGGCGACGGGCCAGGUAACCAAAGGGGAAUGCAGUCCAUCAAUCAUCCAUCAAUCAUCAAUUCAUCAGCUACGACGUCACGGACAUAACGCGCAGUGGCACGUUAGCCGCACUCUACUUUGCAUUCUCUCCCAAGCCUCCCGCCCUGUUCGAAAGCGGCACUGCAGUUGGUGCUGGUGCUGUAAUUUAGACGCCUGUACGUACAUGGUAGCACCGCGGGCUGUACUUUGUACAGGUAUGCACUCCUGCGCGGGUUGGAUGGCUGCACUGCCCCUGGUUUACCCCCCCGUUCCCUCCCUUCUCUCGCAGCGCAUCUUCUCCCUGCCUGCUUGCCUGCUUGCCUGCUUGCCUGAUACAUACGCGCCUAGCUUGCUCCUGUCGGCCUCGCCAGACAAGGAAGCCUGCCCGGCCGGAUACCAUGACCAAGCCAGUUACCAGCUGUCAAAAAUGCAUGUUGCCUGGGAUUUUUCCUCAUGGGUCUUUCGCGGGGCUUCCACAGCGCUCUGUGGGUAGGGGGGGUCCACUGGGAGGGGGCGGGGGUUGCCACUGGGGUCGGUGGCGUGGCAACCUGGAACUUUUCGGCGAGCCUCGCUGCCCAAUGGAGUGGCGGGGCAACCAACCCAUCUGGAUGAAUCUCUGGCUCGCACCUCUGUCUCUUGUCCCUUGGGAUAUUGGGGGCACGUCAU